AUGGAUUCUGCAAGGAGUUGGCUUCAGAAGUUCCAGCCUCGAGAUAGAACUCGGGCUGCUGCGAAGAAAAAGGAGGAGGAUAGUAAUGGAGGAAACGAGGAUUUGAAUGCGGCGGUGGAUGAAGCAAUGCUUUCCAGUGUCACUAAGCAGAAGGUCGCAGCAGCCAAGCAGUACAUUGAAAACCAUUACAAGGAGCAAAUGAAGAAUCUUCAGGAGAGGAAGGAGCGUCGAACCAUCUUGGAAAAGAAGUUGGCGGAUGCUGAUGUCUCUGAGGAGGAUCAAAACAACCUGCUUAAAUUUUUAGAGAAAAAGGAAACUGAAUACAUGCGACUUCAGAGGCAUAAGAUGGGUGUUGAUGAUUUUGAGUUAUUAACAAUGAUUGGAAAAGGAGCAUUUGGGGAGGUCAGAGUCUGUAGGGAGAAGACUAGUGGUCAUGUUUAUGCAAUGAAGAAGCUUAAAAAAUCAGAGAUGCUUCGCAGAGGCCAGGUCGAGCAUGUUAAAGCUGAAAGGAAUCUUCUCGCAGAGGUUGACAGCAAUUGCAUAGUCAAACUUUAUUGUUCUUUCCAGGAUGAUGAAUAUCUGUAUCUUAUUAUGGAGUAUCUACCGGGUGGGGAUAUGAUGACUCUACUAAUGAGAAAGGAUACGCUAACUGAAGAUGAAGCCAGAUUUUAUGUAGGAGAAACAGUUCUGGCUAUUGAAUCUAUACAUAAACACAAUUAUAUACAUAGGGAUAUCAAGCCAGACAAUUUAUUACUUGAAAGACAAGGACACUUGAAAUUGUCAGAUUUUGGACUUUGUAAACCAUUAGAUUGUAAUACACUCGAAGAAAAAGAUUUUUCUUUGGGUCAGAGUGUGAAUGGAUCAACACAAAAUGAAGAGCGGACAGCUCCUAAACGCUCACAACAAGAACAAUUGCAACAUUGGCAAAUGAACAGGCGAACACUCGCGUAUUCCACAGUUGGUACACCAGAUUAUAUUGCUCCAGAAGUUCUUUUGAAGAAAGGUUAUGGGAUGGAAUGUGAUUGGUGGUCACUUGGAGCUAUUAUGUACGAAAUGCUGGUGGGAUAUCCACCUUUUUAUUCUGAUGAUCCAAUGUUGACUUGUAGGAAGAUAGUAAAUUGGAAAGCUUACUUGAAAUUUCCUGAAGAAGCUAGGCUGUCCCCAGAAGCUAAAGAUCUUAUUAGUAAACUUUUGUGUAAUGUCAAUCAGAGGCUGGGGUCAAAUGGUGCAGAUGAAAUAAAGGCUCAUCCAUUCUUCAAAGGUGUUGAAUGGGAUAAGCUGUAUCAUAUGGAAGCUGCAUUUAUUCCUGAGGUCAAUGAUGAGUUAGACACUCAAAAUUUUGAAAAGUUUGAUGAGUCUGACAGCCAAACUCAAUCAUCAUCAAGAUCUGGUCCAUGGAGGAAGAUGCUUUCAUCUAAGGACUUAAAUUUUGUUGGAUACACAUACAAGAACUUUGAAAUUGUCAACGAUUAUCAAGUUCCGGGGAUGGCUGAACUGAAGAAGAAACCGUCCAAACCAAAGAGGCCAACCAUCAAGUCACUUUUCGAAACACCAGAACACGAGGUGUCUGAUACACCUGCUCAAGGAAGCUUUUUAAAGCUCUUGCCGCCCCAGUUAGAGUAG